AUCUUUGUCUUCAUGUGUUUUGGCUCUUUCAUUGUAUUUAAAUGUCAUGUCGCACUGUUUCUUCGUUAUAGUUAUUGUUUUGAAGUUUAGAGAAUGAGGUUCAUUAUUCUAGGACUAGGAGCAAAUUGGGUUAUUGCCUUUAGCCUGUAGGUUUUUUAAGGAUUCGUUACUGUUUUAUACGGGAUUAUUAUUUUUGGUUUCUAGUUUUCAACGGGCGGCCUCAGCGUCCACUUGUCUUUGCUCCCAUCAAAUUUCUUUGCUGGAACACUUUCAUCCGUUUCUUGCAGCUUCGGACUUUUACCGCAUUAUUCAUAUAUUUUAUUAUGGCAAAAAGAAGAUGUGUGCUUUCAACGGAAGAUGGCUCAGACGGCUCUGUGACAACUUCAAGACGUUUAUUGUUUAGUUUACCCACUCCAUCAGCAACUGAUAUGGCUACGCCAAUUAUCUUUGGCCCUGAGUGUUCACAUGCUCUAACUACUCAGUCGAGAAGUUUGCGAGAUAAGACUUCGAAAAAAAGAAAGAGGCGUGUUCUUAUUGUUGACACUGGUGGGAGUGUUCCAAUCUCACAAGUGACAGGCUCUUCUUCUAAAAAUGGUCAACUUUUCCUUGGGCCAACAAAUGUGAUCCCUCGUUCCAUAUUGUCAAAAGGUUGCUUGCGCCGGUUGGGUUCCGAUGUGACGCAACUGCCUUUGUCUAAUGAUGUUAAUGUUUCACGGUCUAAACGUUUAUCUAAAGGUUCUUGUGGACAGAGGCGCUCAAAAGGCCGCACAUCAACUUCACGCUCGGCUAUGCAAAAAGAUAUUGAGAUGUUCAGAAGAUUAAUUGAAAUACCCAAUGAGGCUUAUGAACUACCACAUAAAGACCCUUGUCAGCAUUGUAAAGCUAUUCGAUUCCCUAAUGAACCUCCUGGCUUCUGUUGCGCGUCAGGUAAAAUAAAGAUGCAGUUGCCCAAAAUGCCAGAUGAGUUAUGGAACCUCUAUGUAAAUGAUAUGACAACUUUGGGGGUCGAGUUCCGUCGGCGUUGCAGGACAUAUAAUAAUUCUUUGGCAUUCACAUCUAUUAAGAUGACUUAUGAUGAAGCUUUGGCUAAAGCUAACAAAGGGGUUUACACCUUCAAAGUGCAGGGUAUUGUUCGGCAUUAUAUCCAUGAACUAACACCUAAGGAUGGUGUUCCAAGGCAUCUGCAGUUAUAUUUCUAUGGCACUGAGAGAGAGUUGGAUAAUCGUGUAUCUCAAUCUGAAGGAUUAGACCGUGUUAUAGUUUCAUUGUUGGUGAACAUCUUGACUAAUAAUCCAUACCAUAAUUUCUUCACCAAUUUGCAAAACAAAGAUGACCUAGAUAGUUAUGCUAUAGUGUUGCGUGCCAAUCCUAAACUUGACCAACGUGUUUAUAAUUUUCCAGUAGUUGACCAUGUUGCAGCAGUUUGGAAUGAGGGUGUGGGAACAUCUAUGGAACAACCUCGUGAUAUUAGGGUCAACCUAAGAUCAGGUGGUGUUCGCUAUGUGCACUAUUACUAUGGAUGCUAUGAUCCGCUUCAGUAUUGUCUAAUCUUUCCGUAUGGCGAGCCGGGUUGGUAUGCUGGAAUACCCAAAACUAUAGACAACAUUGAUUUGAAUUUGGACCUAACUGAACAAGAUACUGAAGAUCAUGAAAAUAAUACUGUUGAUCCGCAUAUGCACGAAGAAGCUGACACCCUACUUGUUGCUGAGCAAAAUAGUAUGUUUUAAUUGUUUUGCUAUAUGUUCAUUUGUUAGGUCUUCUGCAAUGUGGUUUAUGUUUCUCCACUACUAUAUUUUUCAUAUUACUUUUUGCAUUC